CUUCAGCGCGAAUGGAUGCACAACGAGUUGUGCUAUGGACUAAGCGCAUUGGCAUCAACAGCAGUUGGCAGCGACACAGACUCAACGGUACCAGCACAAUUGUUGCGCGAGGCUCGAUUCGGUAUUCAGAUCCUCAACUGUUUAGAAUUGCGAUUUAUAGCCGCGUUGUUCAUCAACAUGAAUUUCUUGUUUGUGUUGAUGGUUUGCGCAGUCGUCGUAACUGUCGUCGAAGGACAAUCAAAAGAAGAGGCCUGGAGAGUGUACAAGAGAAAAUUCAAUAAAAAUUACCAAAUUCCGGCCGACGGCGGAAAGCGGGAUAGAAUGCGCAAGGAAACUUUCUUCAAAAGCUACGACCGAGUCCAGAAACACAACAGCAAUCGCAUGUCCCAUUACAGGAGAAAAGUGAAUCGCUUCUCCGACAUGUUGCCGGGGGAGUUAAAAAAAAUUCUCGGCAUCAAUAACAAUUCAAUCCCUACCGCUCCGCCGAAGAUGUCCAUUCAUACUCUUGGCAUGGGCAUUAUUACCCAACAAAACAUUCCUUCUAGACUGGACCUUCGUUACGACUCCUGUUUGCCGGAAAUCGAAAACCAAGGGCAGUGUGGAAGUUGCUGGGCUUUGACCGCCGUGACUUCGGUCGAGUUCGCUUACUGCAAGAAAAACAACAACAUUUCUGUUCUUUUGAGCGAUCAGCAAGUGCUUGAUUGUGAUCGCACCGACAUGAGUAAAGGCUGCCUCGGGGGUUGGCCCUGGGACGCUUGGGAGUACAUGAGCAAAAACGGAAUUGCGAUGGCGUCGGUGUACCCUUACAAGGGUGUUGAUAGCGUUUGCAAAUAUGUUGACACGAUGAGAGUGACCAGUGUUAGGGCCUACAAUUACGUCGAAUCCCGAAACGUCGUCGACAUGCAAUACGCUCUGACGAAUUUCGGACCACUUGUAGCUGCCAUGACUGUCGUUCAAUCCUUUAUGGACUACGCGAGUGGCGUGUACGAUGACAAGAUUUGUGACGGGAAAAUGGUGAAUCACGCUGUUGUCCUUGUCGGCUGGGGUAAUCAAAACGGAGUGGACUACUGGAUCGGCCGCAACUCAUGGGGACCUGGCUGGGGUAACGAAGGCUACUUUCUAAUCCAGCGAGGGGUCAACAAGUGCAGCAUCGAAACCUACGUCGGCUACGCUUUAGUAUAGACUCAAAACAGCAGCAGCGGCAUAGGCCUACGUUAAGGAUUUGUGUGACUUGUGCGCGGUAUUUUCAAACAAAAUGUUACUUUUAUUUAUGCUUAAUUUAUACAGUACGAAUAUUACAUU